AACACACACAAUGGCUCUGAUCAAAGCUCAGAUUUCAUAUCCCAUUUGCAACCACGCGUUUCUCGAGAACAGAUCUUUGAGAAUGACCCAUCUUUAUGUCAGCAGGAAGGCAGAGGAUUUGGCAUUCAAGCCACAAUGCUUGAACAUUCCAAAUGGAAGACCGAAGUUGGAUUCAUUACUUAACAUUGGCUACGGAAACAAGAGGAAAAUGAUCAACCAUGCCACCCUGAGCACGACACAGAGUACAACUGUCGAUUCGUUGGAUGCCUGCGAAGAUGAUUAUGAUGGGGUCAUCAUCAACCCACAGUGCUUGCCGACCAGUGCGAACGCAUUUGCAGCCAUCCUUCGCUCCUCGCUUUCUUAUUGGAAGCUAAAGGGAAAGAAAGGGAUUUGGCUGAAGAUACUAGAAGAGCAAGCAGAACUUGUGCCGAUUGCGCUGAAGGAAGGUUUCGGAUACCACCAUGCAGAUCCAGGAUAUGUGAUGUUAACAUACUGGAUUCCUGAGGAGCCUUGCAUGCUUCCAUCCACAGCAACUCAUCAGAUUGGCGUAGGAGGAUUUGUCAUCAAUGAUAACAGAGAGGUGCUUGUCGUGAAAGAAAAGAAGUGUCCUUUGAGGUGCUCAGGCAUAUGGAAGUUGCCGACUGGUUUCAUCAAUAAGUCUGAAGAAAUAUUUUCUGGAGCAGUAAGAGAAGUCAAAGAAGAAACUGGGAUAGAGACUACCUUCUUAGAAGUGCUUGCCUUCAGGCAUGCUCACCGAGUCACCUUCGAGAAAUCCGACUUGUUCUUCAUAUGCAUGCUCAAGCCAUUGACAUCUGAGAUCACCAUUGAUGAGCGUGAGAUAGCAGCAGCCAAGUGGAUGCCGCUUGACGAAUUCCUAGCGCAGCCAUAUCAUCAGGGGGACAGAAUGUCAAAGAACGUCGUCGACAUCUGCGUCUCGUCAUAUGAAAACAAGUACCGCGGUUUCACAGCACUGCAGAUGAUGUCAAAGCUCGAUGAUAGAUUGUCCUAUCUCUACUGUGGAGAUCUGUACAAAUGGAAGAAAUGCCUGGCAGAAAAAUAGUCUCUCUCGCUCUCUUUUGUGGUUGUUUACAGUAAUUAUGAACCUACAGAACUGUCUCAUGUACGACCUUCUGCUGGUAGCCUAAGAAUUGCUAUACGAACCUUCUCGUUUGGCUUGUGA